UGACGGGGGAGUGACCUCGCCGCCCCUUGCCAUGGGGGCUUCCGACCCGGAAGUGGCGCCCUGGGCUCGCGGCGGUGCCGCGGGGAUGGCGGGAGCCGGAGCAGGAGCUGGAGCUCGCGGUGGAGCGGCGGCGGGGGUCGAGGCCCGGGCUCGCGAUCCGCCGCCUGCACACCGCGCACAUCCGCGCCACCCUCGGCCUGCGGCGCAACCCUCGGCCCGCAGGAUGGACGGCGCAUCCGGUGGCCUGGGCUCCGGGGACAACGCCCCGACCACCGAGGCUCUUUUCGUGGCGCUGGGCGCCGGAGUGACGGCGCUCAGUCACCCGCUGCUCUACGUGAAGCUGCUCAUCCAGGUAGGUCAUGAGCCGAUGCCCCCCACCAUUGGGACCAAUGUGCUGGGGAGGAAGGUCCUCUACCUGCCGAGCUUCUUCACCUACGCCAAGUACAUUGUGCAAGUGGAUGGGAAGAUAGGGCUGUUCCGAGGCCUGAGCCCCCGGCUGAUGUCCAACGCCCUCUCUACCGUGACCCGGGGCAGCAUGAAGAAGGUUUUCCCUCCAGAUGAGAUUGAGCAGGUUGCCAACAAAGAUGACAUGAAGACUUCUCUGAAGAAAGUGGUGAAGGAGACCUCCUAUGAGAUGAUGAUGCAGUGCGUGUCCCGCAUGCUGGCCCACCCCCUGCAUGUCAUCUCAAUGCGCUGCAUGGUCCAGUUUGUGGGACGGGAGGCCAAGUACAGCGGCGUGUUGAGCUCCAUUGGGAAGAUUUUCAAAGAAGAGGGGCUGCUGGGAUUCUUUGUAGGCUUAAUCCCUCACCUCCUGGGAGAUGUGGUUUUCUUGUGGGGCUGUAACCUGCUGGCCCACUUCAUCAAUGCCUACCUGGUGGAUGACAGCGUGAGUGACACCCCAGGGGGGCUGGGGAACGACCAGAAUCCAGGUUCCCAGUUCAGCCAGGCCCUGGCCAUCCGGAGCUACACUAAAUUUGUGAUGGGGAUCGCAGUGAGCAUGCUGACCUACCCCUUCCUGCUGGUCGGUGAUCUCAUGGCCGUGAAUAACUGCGGGCUGCAGGCCGGGCUACCCCCUUAUUCCCCAGUGUUCAAAUCCUGGAUCCACUGCUGGAAGUACCUGAGUGUGCAGGGGACACGGGUUCGAGCCCUGGUCCAGGAAGAUCCCACAUGCCGCGGAGCAACUGAGCCUGUGUGCCACAACUACUGAGCCCGUGCGCCUACAGCCUGUGGUUCGCAACAAGAGGAGCCACCGCAGUGACAAGCCCGCGCACCGCAACGAAGAGUAGCCCCCGCUCGCCGCAACCAGAGAAAAGGCCGUGCUCAGCAACGAAGACACAACAUAGCCCAAAAUAAAUAAAUAAAUAAAUAAAUAAAUAAAUAAAUAAAUAAAA